AUGUCACAGAAAGAUAUUUGUCCACAUAACAAAAUUAAUGACCAAAACUAUUGUGUUGAUUGUUAUCAGUUGAUUGAAGAUGUUGAUGAUUAUAUUAGAACUUCAGGUGGAUAUGGUAUAACAAAAAGUUAUGCAGAAGAACAAAAAAGGAGUGUUUCAGAAAAACUUUUAAAAGAAAAGAAACUUUCAUUGAUUUUAGAUCUUGAUGGCACAAUUGUUUUUACAAAUCCUGAAUUAUGUAUACCGUUAGAAAGUGAAGAAGAAUCAAUAACACCUGAACAAGGAUUUUAUUUUGAAAUACCUGAACAAAAUGCAAAAGUAUUAAUUCGAUUUAGAGAUGGGAUAGUUACAUUUAUGGAAAAGGUAUCAAAGUUGUAUGAUAUUCAUGUAGUUACAUUAGGUCAAAAAGAAUAUGCUUUUGCUAUUGUAAAUGCCAUUAAUAAACUUAGGGAUGUUCCAUUUAUUACUGGUGAUUUAGUUACUGCAGAAGAUUGUUCUUCUGUGAUUGUUUGUGAUGAAAAAGAUACAAAUGAUGGAUUAAUUGAUCGAGAAGAAACUAAUGAAAGAAGAAGUGUUAAAAGAAGUAUUCCAACUAUGGGAAAAGAAGAGAUGCAAGUAAUUGUUGAUGAUAGAAUUGAUGUUUGGGAUAAUAAAAAUGUAGUUCAAAUUUGUGAAUAUGUUCCUUCGACCAAUCAAGUUGAUACUGAAUUAGUAAGAGUAACAGAAGUAUUACAAAAUAUUUACACUAAAUUUUAUGAUGAACAUAUAGAAGAUGUUAAAGAAAUUUUACACUUAUUUAGAAAAAAGAUAUUAGAAAAUAAAAACCUUUACUUUAAUAGACCUAACUUUAGUAAAAUGGAAAAUGGUUUAUUAACUCAAAUGAUAUGGAAAGAGAUAUUAAGAAAUUCAGUCAUGAUGGGUGCUAAUAUUCAAAAGUUCGUUUAUUUAGAUGGACCGAAUAAAACAGAUUUUAUUAUUGAUGCUAAACCAAUGGAAAAUAUUAUUGCUGUAAAACGUGAGUACUUAAUAUAUUCUUGGAUUUUUAUAAAUACAUUAGAUGAAAAACCGUUUGAGAUUAGUUCAGAAAGUACAGAAUAUAAAGAGCUUAGUAUUGAUUGUGUUUAUGAUCAGACAAAACAUAGUUCUGUCUUAGAUGAUGAUCCACAAAUAAAAAGGGAAUUAGAUGAUGAAAGUAGUGAAGAUUAUAGUUCAAAUGAAGAUGAUAAUGACCCCGAAUAUUUAGCUAAUCUUGAAUUAUUCAAACAAGUAAUGGGAAAAAUGAAAUAA